GAGAUGAAAUGUGAGCCCGGGUGGCCCAGGACGCAGGAGCGGGCUGCCUGGUCUGCCGCCUGAGAGCCGCGGGCGGAGACAAAGAGACCUCGGUCCCAGCGCAGCCCUGCGCGGGCCGACCCGGGCUCCCCUCGAAGGCUUCCAGGGCAAUGGCCCGGUCUCCCCGCGAACCCCCUCUCGGGAGUGUUGCCCUCUUCCUCUGAACGUCCUCCAGCCGCUGCGUGUCUGGGGUUCUCCCUUCGCUCCCAGCCCCCUUUCCAGUGUCUGUCCGUCGGUCCUGGCGCGCAACCUCCCGCCACCGGCUUGGAUGGACGCGCGGAGGCUGCCCGGGUGUCCAGGGAUCUUGCUUCCGAAGUUGGUCCUGCUUUUUGUCUACGCAGAGGAUUGCCUUGCUCAGUGUGGGAAAGACUGCAGAUCUUACUGCUGUGAUGGGACCACACCUUACUGUUGCUCCUACUAUGCUUAUAUCGGGAAUAUCCUCUCGGGCACGGCAAUUGCUGGCAUAGUAUUUGGAAUUGUAUUCAUCAUGGGGGUCAUCGCUGGAAUUGCCAUAUGUAUCUGCAUGUGUAUGAAAAACAACCGUGGGACCCGGGUGGGCGUCAUCAGGACCACUCACAUCAAUGCCAUCUCCUCCUAUCCUGUGGCACCACCGCCCUACAGUUAUGACCAUGAGAUGGAAUACUGUGCCGACUUGCCACCUCCCUACUCCCCGACCCCACAGGCUUCAGCACAGCGUUCUCCACCCCCUCCUUACCCUGGAAAUUCAAGGAAACCACCCUUCUCCCAGACCAGAAUAUGUGCCAAUCAGAGGUCUUGCCUGGAAUAAAAUGUCUCUAUCAGAAACAGGGAAGGACUGCUCUAAGGAAUACCUUUUUGGGCCCAACAAUAUGUCAAGUGGAAUAUCCGGGCUAAGAAAUACUGAGUGUUUACCCAUCUGUGAGCUGACCACAUCUGGAGUAUUAUUUGGUUCGAUGAUAUCACAUUUGAAAAGAUGUAAUGAUCAAUGCAAGCACAUUCAGAGAAGAGUAAUGAGACAGAUAAAACAUCGGAAAAUCAUAUUGCUUAAGGAAACUGUAGUCCUGAUCCUGGAAAAGUGAAGAAUGAUGUAAGAGAGGAGAACAGCCUGGACUACAUAAGAAAACAACUAUAUUCUGUGCAGCCUUAGAAGUCAGAAUCAGAAUUAUUCAUUCUUUUGUUCAUCAAUAAAUACUGUUCAAGUGCAUGAGAGCCUACUCUGUGCCUUUCAUUGUUUAAAGCACUGGAUGGAAGCACAGGAAUUUUGGCUUCUAGAUAAGAACAAGAAACUUUGGUUUCAGGAUGAGAAAGAGGAGUCAGAGCUUCCUUAUUGACUAGAUUGUUUUGUGAAGUUCCCUAUUACUAAGACUUCGAACAGAAUCUGUCUAUCUGGUAGAGACUUACUCUAGAAAGGACAGGUAAAUCAAAUGGUAGUGGGAUCCACUGGGCACCAAGCAUUCUGCUCAUGGUUUAGUUAAGUGUGAAGUAAAUUUCUAUGCCUCCAAGAAUGAAAACAACUAGAGUAGUUUAAUCUUAUAUUUAAUUUGACAGUUAAAACAGAAUUAAAGGGACUCCACAGCUGCUUGAAGCCAGUAACUCUUCAGUGCUAGCUACUGCCACCUAAAAAAAUCAUCUGACUUUAAUUAGUGGUUUAUUAUAACAAAGGUUAUUCCAACUGUGGGGGAAAGAAAACUGUAUCAAGUUCCACAAGUAACAGAUAGUUUAUUUAAGACUGAAAGAUUAGAAGCCAAAUAUUCCCAUGGGACUUUACACCAGGGAGUAAAACUGUAGAACUUGACUGUGAAGAUAUAUAAUAGUUUAUGAAAAGAAGAAGGGAAAAUAAAACUUUCAUCCUUGUUCUUUGGAAUUCCAUUCAUGUGUAGUUUAGACAGAUUUGUUUCUCUUCUGUAAUAUUGUGAAAAUAUAUUCCCUUGAAAAACUACACAGUUAAUAGAAAGGUUAAGAUAUUGACAUCAAGCUGUUGCUUUUUGCCAAGUCCAAAUGUUAUGAAGUGCCUGCCUUCAAGCAUAAAAUUUUUGGCUAGGUAAUUCUAAUGUGCUGUAUUUUGCUGCAAGUGACCUUAGCACUUAUACUUUUAUGUGAGCCCUUUCAUGUAUUUAAAAAUUUACAUUGACAAAAUAUUGGGGGAGACUGAUAUAACCCAAAUGGUGAUGCACAUCAUUCCUGAAUUUGCUCCGUCUCAUAAGAAGAACAGCCAACAACUAUCCAAAAACGAAAUACCACUGAGAGAGAAGAACCACCCUCCCCUGACCACCACCCCAUGCAAUUCAGAGAUCAAGAUAGACUGAAUUAGAGAAGUUACUGUAUCUUGACUAUAAUGCCUAUUCCCCAGGACAGUGCAGCACCAUGGUGAGAGGUGUCUCCUGAGCCUCCAGUUCCUCCAGUGGAAAAGAGAACCUAAGAGGGAACAACUAGUCCUGCUCCCCCCAGCAUUGUGGGUCAUUCGGUGGGCACCCAUACUCUCAUUGCAUACUACUGGAAUUGCAAUUUCAAUAUGUCAAAUAUAUUUCAAUAUAUUUCAAUUUCAAUAUAUUGAAAAUAUAACUAUGACAGAGAAUGAAAGAGGGGUUUGCAACAACCAGCAGACAGAUCUUGGCAGACCAAGUUCAUAUGGGCAGUGCCUAAAUAGUAAUCUCAACCAGUGGCUUUGCUCAUCUGCAGAAGCAAGUUGGGGGUACACUCUGACCAGGGAACAUGGAGGAGAUACAGGUCUGCCUGAUUGAGAUCCUCAAACAAGAUGUUUGCCAGCCCCACACCCCAGUUUGCUCAUACUGAGGCAGGAUACUGAGUCACAGCCCCACCCACUGGGGGAGAGUGCCUUCAGCCCCAUCUGACAAGAAGUCUAGAGACAACUCCUGGAAGCUAUGUGGUCCAGUGGCACUUGAUCUGAGAGAAGAGCAGACAGAACCAAUAGUUUGCAGAGCCAUUGGCCUCAUUUGGCCAAGGAACAUAAGCCUGGGUCUUCUUGAGUUAAGACAACAAAGAGCUCUACUAGUUUUACAGCUGCUUCUCCAGUUGCACACAGGAAGGGAAUCUAAUGCAUGGCCUUGCUCGUGGCUAAAUAUAGCCUUCAGCUAUCUGACCAGGAAACCUAACCAGAGUACACAGGAAACCACAUAGUCCAUCUAAAAUCCCUACAUACAGUGGCAGUUAACAGUGAGCACAGCCCGUGGAUUCCUCCAUCUGCAGACCAUCACCUGAUCAGGGAAUUCUGCGGACACUCAGGCCUGAUUUGAAGCCCAUAAACAAUGAUCUCUGUGAGCCCUGGACCUUCGCUGCUGCCCUACCAGAGCAGGGAAGCAGAGAAAAUAACUUCAUCUACUACUGAAUAUAGACCCAGUCCCAAUCAUCUAGUAAGUCUGAGCAGAGAACUGAUGACCCCAUCUUACAUCAUCACUUGGAUAGGGAACCAAGCCAGCAGUCAUAUCCAACUAUUUUCAGCCAGUGGCACAAUACUCCAUCCCUGUCCUCAGAACUUAAAUAGUUGCCUCACCCAAAAUAGUCCAUAACAGGCCCCAUUUACCCAAAGACAUUACCAACAGACACACCCAGGGGGGAAAAAAAAAGAACAAAAUGAUAUGACUAGUGAAUAAUUAUCACUGCCAAAACAAACCUAUAAAGUCUAGAAGAAGACAUUAAUUACUCAAAUACUCAUGCCAAUUCAAGAAAUCAAGGAUCAUGAAAAAUCAGGUAAAUAUGACACCACCAAAGGAAACUAAUAAAGCUCAACAACGGACCAUAAAGAAAAAAGAAACCUAUAAAGUAUCAGACAAAGAAUUCAGAACAAAUCUCUUAAAGAAGUUUAAUGAACUUUGAGAGAACAGAGACAGACAACUAAAGAAAAUUAGGACAACAAUAUAUGAACAGAAAGAGAAGUUUGACAAGGAAAUAGCCAUUAUCGAAAAAACAAAAACAAAUCUCAGAGUUGAAAAAUUCAGUGAAUGAACUGAAGAAUUUGAUAGAGUUUCAAAAGUAGAUUCAAACAUGCAGAAAAAAUAUCAUCAAUCUGAAGGAUAGAACAAUGGAAAUUACCCAAAGGAGAAAGAAAAAAUAAAAACAGCAAAGAAAGCGUAUGGAAAUUAUAUGACAAUGAAAAGAAACAAUAUUUGCUUCAUAGGAAUUCCAGAACGAAAAAAUAGAAAGGGACAGAAAGCAAUAAUGGUUAAAAACUUCCUGAACCUGGAGAGAAAAAUGGUUGUAUAGAUCCAUGUGGCCCAAAGGAUCCCAAACAGAUUGAACCUAAGGAUAGAGGGCUACACUGAGACACAUUAUAAUUAUAUAACAUAUAAUUAUAUAAUAUACAAUGUAAUUAUAUUUUCAAAAGUCAAAGACAAAAUAUUUUUUAAUAGCACUAAGAGGAAAGAGAGAACUUACAUACCAGGAACUCCCCAUAAGAUUGUUGGAUUUCUCAACAGAAACUCUUCAGGCUAGGAGAAAAUGGGAUGCUGUAUUCAAAAUAUUGAAAAUAAACUGUCAACCAAAAUUCUAUACUAUACCUGGCAAAGCUUUUCUUCAUAAAUAAAGGAGAGAUAAAGACUCUCUUAAACAAACAAAAGCUUAUUUACAAGAAAUAAAAACACAAAAAGGUAACAUGAACCUCACUGGCAAUGGCAGAAGUAAAAGUACAAAGUAUUAAAAGUGUAUUUAUUAAUGGGCUUAAUGUAGGUUUAAAAUGGGGUGUUAUCAAUUUAAGAUAUAUUAUGCAUGCCUCAUGGUAACCACACAAAAGAACAUAAUAAAUAGUCAAAACAUUUUGAUACCAAAAAAAUCAAAACACACAAAACACACAAAAAGACAGCAGGAUAAGAAACAAGGAACAAUGGAUCAACCAAAAAAUAAAAUGAGGAAAAAAAUUAACAAAAUGGCAACAGUAAGCCCUUACCUAUAAACAAUUACAUUAAAUGUAAAUGCAUUACAUUCUUCAAUCAAAAGAUGUAGAAUGGCUGAGUGGAUUUAAAAAACAAGAUCCAACAAUAUCAACCGAAAAGAGACUCACUUCAGCCUUAAAGACACAGAACUAAAAAAAAAAAAAAAAAGGAGAAAUAAACAGUAUUACAAUAAUUGUGAGGACUUUAAGACCCCAUUCUCAACAAUGGAUUGAUCAGAUAGAAAAUCAAUAAGGAAACAGUGGAUUUGAACAUCACUAUAGGACCAAAUGGAUCUAACAGAAGUGUACAGAACAUUCUAACCAACAACAGCAGAAGACACAUUCUUCCUAAGAGCACAUGAAACAUCUUCUUGGACAGACCAUAUAUUAGGCCUCAAAACAAGUUUUAGCAAAUUCAGAAAGACUGAACUCCUACCAAGUAUCUUCUCUGAUCACAAUAGUGUGAAAUUAGAAAAUCAGUAACAAGAAGAAAACUGGAAAAUUCAGAGACAUAGAAAUUAACAAUGUCCUCAACAACCAGCAGAUCAAAGAAGAAAUUAAAGGGGGAACAAAAAAGCUUAUUGAGACAAGCAAAAAUGAAAACAUAACACACUAGAACUUAUGGGAUGUAGCAAAAGCAGUUCUGAAAAAGAAGUUCAUAGUAAUAAAUGCCUACAUUAAGAGGUAAGAAAGAUCCUAAAUAAAAAACCUAACUCUAUGCCUUAAGGAACUAGAAAAAGAAGAACAAAUUAAGCCCAAGGUUAGCAAAAAUAAAGAAAACAAGAUUAGAGCAGAAAUAGAGAAUAGAAAAACAAUAGAAAAAAUAAAGCAAACUAAGAGUUGGCUCUUUAAAAAUAUAAAAUUGACAAAACCCUGGCCAGACCAACUAAGGAAAAAAAGAGAAAAGACCCAAAUCAACACAAUUAUAAAUAGAAAAGGAGACGUUACAGCUGAUAGCACAGAAAUUCAAAAGAUCCUAAGAGAUUCUGCUGUGAGACUGUAAACUGAUGCAGCUACUAUGGAAAAUAUUAUGGAGGAACUAUUAAAAAAUUAACAAUAGAACUAUCAAAUGAUCUAGCCAUUCCACUUCUGAGAAUAUAUCCAAAGAAAAUGAAAAUACUACCUCAAAAAGAGAUCUUGUACCCCCAUGUUCAUAGCAGCAUUAUUUACAAUAGCCAAGAUAUGGAAACAAACUAAGUAUCCAUCAAUAGAUGAAUGGAUAAGGAAGUUGUCGUGUGUGUGUGUGUGUGUGUGUGUGUGUGUGUACACAAAGGAAUGUAAUUCAGCCAUUAAAAAAUGAGGAAAUCCUAUUAUUUGGGACAAAAAGGGGGACCUUAAGGGUAAUAUAUUAAGUGAAAUUAUUCAGACAAAAAAAAAAAAAAGACAAAUCCCACAUGAUCUCACUUAUAUAUAAAAUCUUAAAGAAAACAGUGACAACUCAUAGAUAAGGAGAUCAGACUUGUAGUUACCAGAGGUGGCAGAUGGGAGGAGUGCGAAUUAAAGGAAGGUGGUCAAAUGUCACAAACUUCCAGUUAUCAGAUAAAUAAGCACUGGGGAUGUAAUAUGCAACAUAAGGACUAAAGCUAACACUGCUGUAGUAAAUCUGAAGAGUUCUCAUCAUAAGAACAAUUUUUUCUUUUAUUUUUCUUUACUUGCAUUUUAUUGUAUCUAUAUGAGAGUAUGGAUGUUAGUUAAACCUAUAAUAAUUUUACAACAAAUGUAAAUUAAACCAUCAUGCUUUGUGCCUUAAACUUA